AUGGCUAGCAACAUCUUGUCUGUAUUCAAUCCACCACCUCAAAGAGAUCUUUCUGAUGAGGAAACUAAAGACUGCAUUCCUUGCCAGAUUAUGAGCACAAUGUUCAGUCUUGGAUUUGGUGGAUAUUUGGCUUCAGGUAAACCAUUUGAGUACUCAGAUAAAGAGAAAAAAAGAGGGAUCUCUAUGGAAAAAUUCCAAGAGCUCAACCCCAAAUGGUGGCGUGUAAGCCUUAGAAGUCUGGGAGGCGCCCUGGUAGUUUUCGGGUUGGUAAGAGGAACCGAAAAAUGGUUGUGGAAUAAAGACAAAACAGAGAAAUGA